GUCAAUCGAACGCCGCAAUAACCAAUGAACAGUCCAUGGGUAGCAGUGGGUGGGGCUAGUUACUCCUUAUUUUGCUGCCUUGUUUAGUAGUGAUCUCGCUUGAUUCUCAGAGGAAGGCAAGCAAACACACUGAGGAGUGAAGAUGGUGUGGUUACUUCUUUGUGCGGCCUUCCUUGUCCAAGGAGCAGUGGAGUGUAAGGCUGCUGUGAGGAGGGGCGGUAAGCUGGAUCCUGAAGUCAACAUGAACAUCAGCGAGAUUGUCUCAUUCUGGGGCUACCCGUCCGAGGAGCACGAGGUGGUGACGGAGGACGGCUACAUCCUGAGCGUCAACAGGAUCCCCCGCGGCGUCAAGAGCAAGCCGUCUGACGACCCCAAGCCCGUGGUCUUCCUCCAGCAUGGCCUGCUGGCCGCCGGGAGCAACUGGGUGACCAACCUGCCCAACGGCAGCCUGGGCUUCAUCCUGGCCGACUCGGGCUUCGACGUGUGGAUCGGGAACAGCCGCGGGAACACCUGGUCCCGGAAGCACGUCAAACUGGACCCACGCCAAGACGCCUACUGGGAGUUCAGCUAUGAUGAGAUGGCGAAGAAGGACCUUCCAGCUGUGAUAAACUAUAUCACAAAGAUCACAGCCCAGGAACAGAUCUACUAUGUUGGCCAUUCCCAGGGCACUACCAUUGCUUUCAUAGCCUUUUCCACCAUGCCUGAACUGGCCAGCAAAAUCAAGAUGUUCUUCGGCCUGGCCCCGGUCGCCACGGUGGCCUUUACCAAGAGCCCCAUGACCAAACUCUCCAUCUUCCCGGAGUUCGUCAUUUGGGACCUUUUUGGAAGGAAAGACUUUUUCCCGCAGAGCCCUCUAAUCAAAUGGUUCGCCACCAAGUUCUGCAGCCAUGCCCCGAUCAGUGAGCUGUGCGGGAACAUCUUCUUCGUCCUUUGCGGUUUCGAUGAGAAGAACCUCAAUAUGUCCCGAACCCCCGUGUACACCACCCACUGCCCAGCUGGGACGUCCGUCCAGAACAUGAUUCACUGGUCUCAGGCUGUGCAUCGUGGGAAGCUAAUGGCAUACGACUAUGGGAAAGCUGGGAACAUGGCACAUUACAACCAGUCAACCCCGCCGAUGUACCACGUGGAGGACAUGAAGGUGCCCACCGCCCUGUGGUCGGGGGGCCACGACACGCUGGCGGACCCCAAGGACGUGGACCUGCUCCUCAAGCAGGUGCCCAACCUGGUCUACCACAAGCACAUCCCGCACUGGGAGCACCUGGACUUCAUCUGGGGCCUGGACGCCCCGGAGGAGAUGUACGGCCAGAUGGUGCGGAUGAUGAGGCAGCGCCUCUAACGCCUCCGCCCCCCGACCGCUCCACCUCAGCUCUCCGUGCGGCGGCGGAGUGAGCGGUCUCGUAUCAGGGGAGAUGAUUUUCGUUUCUGUGUGCGUUUGCUUGUGUCUGAACUGACCUCCUGUCUGCGCCACAAUAACCACUGGCCUCACAUUCCUGUCAGUACCAGAUUAGACACUGGUCACUAUUAAGUACCAGCUAGUGGUGACAAUGGCGAAUGGCUCUUUUACUUGGGCUGUACUACCAGACGGUACCACUAGAGGCAUGAAGCCACUGUGAAAAAUAUGGGAAACUUGAAUAUUGGUUCAACGCAAGUUGAUUUAGAGGAACAGCAGUGCAUCUUGGCUGCAUUUUAGGAUAUUGUACUUAAGAAUCGACCAGUUUUGUGUUUUUAUGGAAUUCCACUAAUGCAUUUUUUUGAUUUAGGUUUUAGUUUUUUUGCUGUAUUGUCCAAUAGCCUGUAUUAAUUUGUGGAGUUCUUAAAUUGUAAACCACUGUGAUUUCAAUUAUAUACCCUGCUAUGCUGUUAUAUUGCUAAUAUCUUUGACAUUAUGAAUGCCUUACAGUGUCUUUGUCAGAGAUGUGCAGUAUUGUAAAUGCCAUUAUCAAAGAAUGCUGUUUUAAAAGUGACAAUUCUGCUUUCACUAGAAAUUCAGGACUCAAUUUUGUAAUUCAGUCUGUCAUUUCAAAAAAAAAAAAAUCAACUGAUGAAAACAUCAAAAAAUAUUAUUUCUGAAAAAUAACAACAAAAAAAAACUAUUGUA